CCGGACACGACUCACCCGGACGACCCGACAAUCGGCAACAGGGAGCAGCCGACCUCACGACGCUGUUUAUUCUAGAUCUAUAUUUUGCUGUCGGGAUGGACGAACAUUUCGACGCACGGGGCAAAGUGGACCGGAAGGAUCACGACGGCUCACGCAUCAACGGCAUGCAGAGCCCCGCCCACAGCGCACACUGCAGCCUGUACCGCACACGCACACUCAAGCCGCUGGGUGCGGAGAAGCGGGCCAAGAAGGUACGCUUCUACCGCAACGGGGACCGCUACUUCCCCGGCCUGCUGUCCGCCGUUACAGCCGAGCGCUUCCGCACCUUCGACACCCUGCUGGCCGAGCUAACACGCGCACUAUUCGACAACGCUCACCUGCCCCAGGGUGUCCGUGUCAUCUACGCCAUCGAUGGGUCCAGAAAGAUCAGCGGGAUCGAUCAGCUGGUGGACGGUGAAAGUUACGUCUGCACCUCCAUCGAGACCUUCAAGAAGCUCGACUAUACCAAGAACGUAAACCCUAACUGGUCCAUGAACGUCAAGGCCUCGCUGUCCGCCCGAUGCCUCCCCUCGCUGACGAACUGUAAAUCGGGACCCUGCGAAGCCAAAGAAAACAGGGAAUUCAUCAGACCCAAGCUGGUCACCGUGGUGCGCAGCGGCGUCAAGCCUCGCAAGGCCGUCCGCGUCCUGCUCAACAAGAAGACCGCCCACUCGUUCGAGCAGGUCCUGACCGACAUCACCGACGCCAUCAAGCUGGACUCGGGCGUCGUGAAGAAGAUUUUCUCGCUCGAGGGAAAACAGGUCCUGUGUCUCCGGGACUUCUUUGGGGACGAGGACGUCUUUAUUGCUUGCGGACCUGAGAAGUUCCGCUACCGUGACGACUUUCUGCUGGACGAAAGCGAGUGCAAACUGAUGAAAUCCUCCUCGUAUGGAAGGAAUCUGUUAAGCCGAGCGUCUCCCAGGAACAUGAUACAGGCCCGAUGCAGCAAGUCACCUGUCGGCUCAGUCAAUGGAAGUCCAGCCAGCCAGGUUUCGACGCUGCACUCCACAAAGUCUCCCUGCCCCUCUCCAACCAGUCCAGGCAGUCUCAAGAAGCACAAGGGCUCAGAAGAGAGCGACUCCUCCGUCUCGUUAGCCUCCACCAAAGUCUGCAGCGUGGAUGAGGGUGACAGGCACGUCAGCGAUGCCGAGCCGGUGGAGGAGAACACAGUUCCUGCAGUCCCGGCCUCGAUCUCGGACCGGUACACGGUGGGCAGGAUGAUCGGCGACGGCAACUUUGCAGUGGUGCACGAGUGUGUGGAGCGCUCCACGGGCCGGGCCUACGCUCUCAAGAUCAUCAACAAGGGCAAAUGCAGAGGCAAAGAGCAAAUGAUUCAGAAUGAAGUGGCCAUUCUGCGGAGGGUGAAGCACCCCAACAUUGUCCUGCUGAUUGAGGAAAUGGACACGUACAGUGAGCUCUACCUGGUCAUGGAGCUUGUCAAGGGGGGCGAUCUGUUCGACGCGAUUACCUCGGCUACCAGAUACACGGAGCGGGAUGCCAGCGGGAUGCUGUACAACCUGACCAAUGCUAUCAAGUAUCUACACAGCCUUAAUAUCGUCCACCGGGACAUCAAGCCGGAGAACCUUCUGGUGUACGAGCACCAGGACGGAAGUAAAUCCCUGAAGCUGGGAGACUUCGGCUUGGCCACAGUGGUGGACGGACCUCUGUACACUGUCUGCGGGACCCCCACAUAUGUAGCACCGGAGAUCAUCGCAGAGACCGGUUAUGGCCUUAAGGUGGAUAUUUGGGCAGCUGGAGUCAUUACAUACAUCCUGCUGUGUGGCUUUCCACCUUUUCGAGGAAGCGCAGACGACCAGGAGGCUCUGUUUGACCAGAUACUGCUGGGUCAGUUAGAAUUCCCUCUACCGUACUGGGACAACGUGUCAGACACGGCCAAGGAGCUCAUAACGUUCAUGCUGCAGGUGGAAGCUGAUCAGAGAUACACGGCCCUGCAGGUUCUGGAACAUCCCUGGGUUACUAACGACGGCCUAUCAGAGAACGAGCACCAGUUAUCAGUGGCAGGGAAGAUCAAGAAGCACUUCAACACCAGCCCUAAGACCAGCAGCACCACACCAGAUGUUAGCAUCAUGACGCUCGAACAAGACUUUUGCAUCCAGAGAUCAGGAUCUUUGGACUAUUACCAGCACCCAGGAAUGUACUGGAUAAGGCCACCUCUGUUGAUAAGAAGAGGCCGAUUCUCAGACGAGGACGCCACCCGAAUGUAAGCGCAGCGCCUCGACCCACCCAGCCGUCCUGUAGCCUCCCAGAUCCACUCUCACCCUCGAGUCUCCGUCCUGCUCUCCAGCCGUCCCCUCACGGUCCGUCAGUUCUCGCUCCGACCACCUCCACGCCUGAGUCUGAAGACUUUUCCUGCUGAGACCGUCGGCUCCCCCAGCUCAACCUGUUCAGGGUCUAAGCGAUGGGAAUGUGAAGCGCGGAAGGCGAAGAAGGGUUUAUGAGGAUCCAGAACGUGGCAGCGUGGACUUAUUUGUCUAAGCCAUUUUCUAAAAUUGUCCUCCUGAGAAUUGAUGCUAGUUUGUCUGGAAACAUUGACUUGUUUUGCUUCAUUAACAGUCUUAGUUUUAUACACGCUGUAGACACUUUUGGUUUGUUUCAUGUAUCUCUGGGUCCAGUUUUGCUGAAUGGUACAGGUGAUUUAGGGGAUGGAUCAGCGAAUUGGCGGUUAUUUGGGUAUAAAAUGGUGAUCGCUUGAAGAAGCUGACUUUGGAAACCACUCUGGAAACCUCGAGCCUCUCUUUCGUGUGAAAACCUACUUAUUCCUCUCACCACGCAGCACUUUGCUUUCCUCCUGUCGAACUGCAGCUGAAGGUGCUAUCUAGCGCAAAGAGCAUGCUCACAUGCAAGACUGGGACCUCUUUUUGUAACGGUGUAAAUAAUAUGAUUUGAAUUAUUUUGAUAUCGACAAUAUAUUUCUUUAACGUAACUAGAGAUUAUAGCAAUUACACACGCCGUCAUUUCUGUACAGAAGUGUUUCAGCAGCUAAAGCACAGACGCGUUUACCUUGUGUGGAAGAUGUCGCAACCUUCCUGGGAAGAGGUUACGUCCACAAUAUCAAACAUGUCAUCUGGUUCUAGAGAAAGCUGUCAUAUAAUAUGACAUUAAUACCUUACAGACAAUGAAAAUUGAUGGUUGUGAGACAAAAUUCAUCAGAAGAAAAGAGAACUUCUGGAUACCAGACUUGGCACAAUUUGUACUCCUAUUUCUAUCCAGGCCUGGGACCUGCACUGAGAGCGCACUGACAAGUGCACCUCCGCAGUGGCUAGGCUCGGGGCUAUUCGGAUUAGGAGAAAUGCUUGAAAUAUACCAGAACAUCCACAAUUUUGCAUUAUUUGGCUGCAGUUUAAACUGCAUAUUAUGGUACAAAGUAGUCCAUGCUAUGUAGUACACGGCGUGUUUGGGACGCCAAGUUAGAGCAGCUAGCUUACUACUAAUAUAAUGACCUAGCUUGGAUGUUUCCAGGACCCUCAUCAUCCUGUAUUAAUUGGAAUCUUGCAAGUAAUGUAGUGCAAACUGUGGAGGUUAAACAGUAAAUGCUGGAAAGUCUCUGCUGUAACCUCAACCUGUGACAUUAACCUCAAAAGCAAUCUGUAUAACUGUAAUCAUCCAUCCAAGUUUAAGAAGACGAACACGCAUCAACCGUUUCUUCUUCUUUUUAUUUUAUUUAAUAGCAACUUCUGAGCCUUUGAAAGAUAAGGAAGCUAAAAUAAAGUACAGAUUACAUUUUUAGAAUUAGCUAAGCAAACAUCUGUGUUUGGAUUAAUAAUUACUUUUUAAAAAUGCAUCAAAAAUGUGCAAAUAUAUGAAUAUAUAACCUACAUUUGCAUCAAAACCAACAGUUACACAGCUCUAAUGACCCUUACUGCUUCUACUCAUUCUUUUAAUAAUAACAACAACAACAAUAAUAAUAUAUAAUGAAUAAUUCUAUGAACCAAGUUGUGUACCUCUACAGGAACUGCUAAGCUAAACCGAUUUAACUUGUAUUUACAUGAUUUGCACCACUACUACUCUCUCAUUAUGCAUAUAACCUGACACGAUGAAAAUCAGCUAUACUCUGUGCCUGAUUCACACCAAAACAAAUAAAGACAAUAAUAAUCUAA